ACCAUAUCUCAGCUGCUUCAAGACUUCUAUCGGUGCUUUCAUCUUGGCUCUGGAAAGAGCUCAACCACACAUCUUUGCUACCUCCUCUCACUCCCCCUUGUAUGCUUCAUCAGCCUGAACACAACCCGAGAGAUUCAGAGCAAAGUAUACCGCAGACGUCAGACUCUACAGCCUCCAUUCAAGAUGAUCUCGAUGGGCUUCAACUCGCCACACCCUCCUCUGCGCUCAACGAGCGUCCAGGGCGGCGCUCUCCAAGACUCAGCGCCAAGAAGAUGAGCAAAUGGAAGCCGAAAGGCAAGACGCGAUUCUCGCAAGAUCCAGCUGGAGAGUGCUUUCUGCUCGAUCUUCCUCAGGAUGUAUUGACACUUCUGCUAUGCAAGCUCGCUCCAAAAUCGUUGUUGGCUCUCAGUGCGACUUGCAGAUUCCUACACCAGGAAUUGGAGAACGAGACCAUUUGGAGGCACAGUUAUGUCAAUCAUUACCUCUGGGACGGAGCAUUCAGAUCCGCUCAAGGCAAGGCGGACGUUCAGGUCUUGGUACAAGGUUGCAACGGACCGUCAAGAGGGUGGCGUCAGGAGUCCUUGAGCCGAGAAUCAAUGCUCAACCGAUGGACUGCAUCAAAGGCGAAUCACACUCUACAUCUACCGAAUGUUGGGCUCAUACGUGGCUUCUCACUCUUCUAUCCCCAACCGACAAACUUAUCCGUUCCACCUGAUGGGAAGUCACAGCCUGCUACGCCUACCAAGUCGGGAUCUGCGACUCCCCAGCCUCCGAAUCUUACACCUGUGAAAGGGGCAUCAAGUGUCGGACCGACGCCUCCGAAAUUGACACAUCGUCAGAAGUAUGAAGCUUUGCUCGCCGCUAGUACUCGUCCAGCUCCCUACGUGCUAUCUGCAGGCUUGGACGCUGGUGCAGUAGUUCGAAGUGAUCCGCUCAGUGGCAAGGUGUCCAAAGGGUACUGGGGUCCAGAUCCGAAUGCCAACUUUCAUCUGCGGACGCGACUGAAUGGGCGAUCGUCCACGUCUGCGGUCUUUGUUCCCACCCGAACGCAGAACUAUUCGAUCUGGGGUCUAUUUAACGGCACGGUAGCGCAUACAGUCAUGCAAUCCAAACACUCGUCCGCUCCUGGGACGCGCGCAAAUUCGAUCAAUACGCCGUGCACCAUCGCUGAUACUCACGAGGGCCAGGUGUCCUGCGUCUGGGCUCAAGAAUCCGCAGAUGAUGCCACAGUCUUCCGCUUCGUUUCCGGAGGUGCAGACGGCCGCGUCAAGUAUUGGCAGUUGAACAAUGUCUCCGUGGCAAGAGGUGGCUCGGGUCAUGGACAUGGCAAGCGAUCCACGGCGUCUGAACCCACUUCGAUUCUUUCUUGCCUGUUCACUUCUGAGGUCAAACUGGAGCCUUUUGCCAACCGGUCGGAAGAGGUACAACGGAGGCAAGGAGCGGCUGCCGAAGAAAUCACGGUUGUCAGGUGUGACUCGGAUGCAGAUGUGGUCUGUGGCAUCACUGGCGAUGGUGACCUACGAGUGUGGCUGGAUUGUUCAUCACCUACUCGUAGGGAGAUCAGAAUCGACGCCGGCUCGGAGAAGGAAAAUGGCCCUGUAAUCACGAUGGAGCUGAGCGUGCAAUCAUCGAGUGGUCGACCCCUCGCAUCCGUUCUGGUUCAUCACCUUGGAUCGCCGGUCUUCCAUCGAUACGAUAUCGAAAUGACUGAAGAGAACCCGAGCAUUUCUACAACUACGUUCGUCACCCCAGACGGAACCGGUAUCUUGAAGUUGCAGGCAUACCUCGAGCCAGCCGUACCAAUCUCACUUCUUCCUCAGCCUACCUCAGCGCCCCCCAUUAUCGCCUCUCCCAAUAUACCGACGCUGGAACUGCCUAGUGAUAGAAAGGCAGAAGCUACACCGCAGGCUUCAGUUGUGUCGCCGCCCGAGUUCGGUCGACUGGUCAUUGCUGGUGACUCAUCCAGUGGCGUUCACAUCUGGUCCUGGGACAGGCCAUCCUCUCGCCAAGGUGCAGAUAUCACUCCGCUUCGAUCAUGGGACAAUUUCUCCAGGAAGAUCACCGCGAUUGACAUGUCGUGUGGCAUCGUCGCCAUUGGCUCAAGCGAUGGUUACAUUAAAGUCUACGACCCUCUCCCUCAUACACCUGUUCUUCUUCGAAGCUUUCGCGCCUCCCAUCUCUCACCGGCAGAUGUGGACAUCGCGUCGAGUGAUGCUCCUCAUGCGCCAUACUACACGCCUAACAAAAUUCUUCUGGACAAUGACAUGCUGGUUGCCGCCAUCGGUCACAAGGUGUUUGCUUGGCGGGCUGGAAAUGGAAAAAGUCGUCAAGCUGGAGGUAAGGGAGAGAAGAAACCUGGAAGCAAGGCUGAAGGUCGAUCGCAUGGUCGGACCAUGGAUCUCCGCUCUCUGCAUGCAGAGGCAGCCGACGACCAAGCUUACAUGGAGGAAGAAGAAACUGGACAGCGCAUAUCAUCCGAUAGGAACAGACUACAUGACAAAGCCGAGAGGCAGCAGAUGGCUGUGUUGGACGAUCUAGGUCUUGAAGGCGACGAAGCACUUCAAUAUGCGCUCAUGUUGUCAAUGGAGGACCAGAAUCGGGGUGAGGACGCAGCGCACGAGUACCUGGAGGAUGAACUGGCGGAGUUUCACCAUCAAUCACAAUGGCAGUAGAGCAUUUUUUUACAGAGAUACAUACAUCA